UGGAGUGGGCCAGUGAAAUGGGGGGACAAUGGUAAAAAGAGUCUUUGGGAAGGAAGUAAUAAUAAUAAUAAAACAAUACGAGAUCUGGCGCGAAGUGUGUAAUUUACUGGUGUUCCAUCUGCAUUAGAAAACUGGUAUUUGAGGUUUACGAUUCGCCCUUAACUGCAUAGUGCGAGAGUGUUAUUGUUUUUUUUUUCUUCGCAGCAAUCUAAAAUGGAGGAGCUCUGCUGUGGCAAUGGACAGUUCUUGCGCUUAUUCGUUUUAGAGAUAUACGUACGUUUAAUUUUACUUAUUGGACCGAAAGGACAUUAAAAGACGUAAAUAUAAAUAACUGACCAGGCAAAUGCUUUAUUUAAUAGAGUUUAACGUGCCGGUCUGAUGUAGUGUUUUUGUAACUAGUCGCGGGUUAAAACGAAGCGCGGUGGAUGGUUCGCUCACUUGCGUCGUCGGCGCUUUUUAAGACGUUAGAUCGCCGACAUAAUGGGGGUGAGCGAUGUCUGUUGACCGUAGUCUGAUCGAGGUAUGAUUCUAGAAAAUGGAGGCGAUUUUCUGCGGAGAAACGAGAAGGGGGAAGCGACUUUAACCGAGGGGGGGGGGGAGAAAAAAACCACAGCGCAUAUCGGGUUGGCCCAGUGACUAAACAACAAGGAUGAAGAGUGACAGUUGACCUCCCGUCGCACCCGCCCAUCCCAAAUAAACAAAUGUUUUUGUGGGAGAUCUCAAAGCAUUCGGACUCCACUGGCCGUCUACCUUACAGCUAGCUAAUAAGCAUUUUGCAUCUAACGAGCGAUCACAGCCAGGUGUGGGGGGGCGGCUAGGCCGCUUGCUCGGGAGUCGGGGGGGGGCUGGUGUUUGCUCGCCAUGAAUAUGAGAUCCACUGUGUUUGCCACUGCGGGAUACAAGCUGGACACGGAGAUAAACGACAAAUCCCAGACGGGACCCGGCAACUCGGUCAGCAUAAAGAGAGAGUGCGGCUUCGGGGACGAGCUCCACGACGUGCUGGGGGAUAUCAGGAACAGCGGCGAGCAGAAACCGCACGGCAAGUCCAGGAAACUCGGCCUCGGUCACGCCGGCAGAGCUGGUCGGACCCUAGCGGUAGGGGGACAGAACAAGCCUGGUGCCGCAGAGGGACAAGAGGAGAACUGGGUAAACGCAGGGACCCUGACAGUCCCGGCUAAACAGAUGGGGGGCGAGGGCACCCCGGUGAAGAGUAAAACGCUGUUCGGACAUAACAACAGUAUGGACAAAAUAGAAGUGACUGCGGCAAACGCUAACAAUAGCUCUAGGGAUGCUGGCACGGAGGGUGGCGACAGAGUUGCCGCCGCAGGACCUUUUAACAUCUCUCCGCUGGAGCUCGGUUCGGAGGGAAAGUGGAGAAGCGUGAGGAAGAGCAGCAGCCACUCCCCCGCACAGGCCACCUGCCUCCGGCAGAUUCUGCUGCUGCAGCUGGACCUGAUUGAGCAGCAGCAGCAGCAGCUGCAGUCCAAGGACAAGGAAAUAGAUGAGCUGAAAGCGGACAAGGAGACGCUGCUGGCACGGAUUGAGCGCAUGGAGCGCCGCUUGCAGCUGGUGAAAAAGGAUUCACGUGACAAGCGCCUCUUCCAGCCUCUCGAACCCUGGACACCCGACAAGGAUGAUGACUUAGAGGGUAUAGUUGGUGACAGUGCACCAGUAUAUACCCCGAAGACCCCGUCAUUUGGCCGAGGUGGCAAAGGCCAUAAAAGGUAUCGACAGAAAUGGAAGUACUGUUUUCUGGAAUCCAAGGCACAGAAGUCUCGGGGAAAAUCAAAAUUUUCACCCCAAAAGUUAGAGACUGAAGGCUUCCAAAGGGAGUUGCGCAGCAAAGAGACCCCAGAGAAGGUUGGGGUGGGACAACCUCCAAGUCCACCUCAGUCCAAAGAGUUACCACAAAGCUCUGCUCAGAUGGAGGAACUUCCCUACAUGUCCACUACAGAGAUGUACCUGUGUCGCUGGCAUCAGCCACCCCCCUCUCCUUUACGUGAACCCUCCCCCAAGAAGGAGGAAGUUGUGGCUAUCCCGUCUUGGAGAGAAAAUGCCAUGAUACCCCUGGAAAAAGAAGCAGUCUCUGACAUCCCAGAGAAUUUGGACGAUGGUGUUUUUUUGAAACGACAUGCGAAGCUGGAACUGGAUGAAAAAAGAAGGAAAAGAUGGGAUAUCCAGCGCAUUCGUGAGCAGCGCAUGUUCCAGCGGCUGCAGCAGCGCAUGAACAAGAAGAAGGGCAUCCAGGAGAGUGAACCAGAGGUGUCGUCCUUCUACCCCGAUGCCGAAGAUGUGGAGUCACUACUGAUCACACCUUUCCUGCCUGUGGUGGCGUUUGGACGACCGCUGCCCAAACUGACUCAACAGAACUUUGAACUUCCCUGGCUUGAUGAACGUAGUCGCUGUCGCAUCGAAAUGCAGAAGAAACAGACUCCUCACAGAACUUGUCGGAAGUGAGGGACCUUCAAGCCAAGCAAGAUUGAAAUGGCGGCUAAAAAUCUCACAGAACGAGAUUCUUCUAAGAAUGAACUGGAGUGUGCACAAAAGUACCCGCUGUCGUAGCAUGUAACAUGUCCUCUUUGGCAUGUCCGUCCUUCAGAACAGAUUUCCUCAAAUAUCGUGAGAAUGGAGACUCUCAAAGGCAGGGUCCCAGGGAGGCGUUCCUGGCCUUCUGGUAGUUCUGGUUGAAAAUGAUACAGCAGCUACAUUAAAUAUGGCACACAUGUAACAAUGGAUUUGUGUUUGUUAAAAAAUAAACUUACAAUAUUUGGUUUGUUACUCAAUAUCCCAGCAUUGUUUAUCUUUUUGUAAUAUGGUCUCUAAAAAGCUUAAGCCUCUUAACACCGAAUUAAGCCUCCCGAAGUCGAUCACCCUGCCUGAUUAUACAGUUAAACUUUAAACGGUGAGGGUGGCGUGAACUUAAGAUGCCUGAAAUUCCCCGUCCAUUUUCGAUUCAUUGAUGUACAUGUUCACAUCAAUGUAGCACUAGUCAUAAGUCCAUGCAAUACGAAUGUACAUGGAAAUGCUUUGCAAAAAAGGAUACCAAAAGUUCCACUAGUGUAGCAGUUGUGAAGGUUUUGCCUUACACCUGAAAUGGGCUGUGAUGUACGGCAGUGUUUGGCAGUCAUGCAUAAGCAUAUUGUACGUAACAUCAGUGAUAUUUGGUAUUUUGGGAAUAUAACGCGUAGUGUUUUUGUUUUACAUUUAUUAUGAGUGUAGUAAAUUUUAAAGGCAAGAUUAUAGCCCUAGGUUAUAAUGACCUUGCAUCAAUAAGCUAUCAGCCUUAGUUGCUGUGAUGUUCUUACUAACAUUGCAAAAGUUUGAUACUGAUUGUGCUCCACAGGGGUCUUUAACAUGGCGGUGAAUGUCAGUGCGGAGCACCAUCCACUAAUGUACAUGAGCGCGAUAUUUCCAUUUCUAAAAUGUAAAUGUAUACAACAGUAGCUGAUGUUGGCGAAAAUCCACAAAGGAUGAUGCUGUAAUAUACAGAUAUUCGCCACACAAGGGCCGCGUUUCCCCCCUUCAUUUGGGCCUUUUUGUUAAGAUUAAAUAUGCUAAAUCUACAGAAUUGGCUGGCAAAGAUGGGCUGGCAAAUGUAUUUUUGUUGUGGAAAACCAGCAGAGGAAAACGUACAUGAACCUGUCAGAUUUGCUUUGAUGAUGACGUGAAAUGUGUCAAGUUAACACAGUUAUGAUGCCGGUUACUCUGUAAUGUAUUAGCUGAGGUAUCCUUCUCUGUGAAGUUGCUUAGAAAAAUAUGCCCCUCCCGAUGGUCGGCAGCAAUGUUGAUAGCAAACAUUAGUGUGUUCAUUUCAUCAGUUCAUAUUGUCUGCUGGUAGUCCUGAGAAACUGAUUCAUAUCAAGGUUUAUCAUUUCUCACCUUUAGAAACCGUUUUUGUGGCUCAUUACUGACUUUCAUUUUUCAUUUCAUAAGCCUGUGUACUUCUUGUGUGUAACUUCUUUUGGGUGUGCCCCAAAACGAAACGGCUUUUCAUCUUAAAGACUCUUCUAAAAUCAAAAAUAUUGUAAGCUGAACACCUCUGCUAUAUUAAAUUUCCCGCCUACAGUCUUGUAAAUGGACGGUAUUUUGUGACAAAGCAGUACCAGUGAUGUUUGGGCCAUUUAAUAAGCACUGUUGAACUCUUCUUUUGUUCUCACUUAGCAAUGCUUUCUGAUAUGUGCCUGGGUCACGUUGACACUAUGUUUGUUAAAUGCGUUGUGUUGUCAUACUGCUUGACCAUUGGAAACUGAUGGAUUGACCCCUGCAGUUCUACAGAAAUCAAGUUAAAUGUUUGAAGCGCAAAGUCAGUUCCUAUGUACAUAACCUCCUGAAACAAAAUGCUGUAUAUCUGGAAAACAUGCCUGUUAUUUUUAUAUUAUUUAAAGUUUGAGUGUUAAGUAUGUUCAGUAUUGAUAUUCUUUAAAAAAGAGCUUGUAUGUUGAUAAAUUGACAAGUUUGUUUUGCAAUAAAAUACAAAAAUUGAGAAUGUA